CUCGCCCGAACCCGAACCGCGCCAGGCACUGAACCCGCUGCCAGGAAGCGCCUUUGUGCCGGGCUCAGAGAGCCCGCGACAGCCGCAGCACUCCUGGGCGCACCGUUCAGCUUCUCGGCCUCUCCGGUGCCGCAGCGCGCGGGGCCCGAACGCGCCACCGCGGCCCGAGCAGCGGCGGGGCAGCAGGGGCGGCUGCGGCGCUGGGCGGGAGAUGAAGCUCCUGAAGCCGUGGGGGGCGGCCGGCGGCGGCCUCCUGCAACUCACCAUGCUGCUGAGCUUAGCCGGGCUGCGGGUAGACCUGGACCUGGACCUCUACCUGCUGCCGCCGCCCGCCCUAUUCCCGGACGAGCUGCUGCCCUUGGGCGGCCCUGCCCGCCCCGCCCACACGCCCAGCCCCUUCCCUGCCUCGGGCGGGUGGGGGCGCUCCGGCCCCCUGCACCCCAAGGCCCUGGAGCUGGACCCCGCGGCGCCGUUCGAGGGCCACCUGCUCCGGGAGGUGCGCGCGCUCGGGGUCCCCUUUAUCCCGCGCACUCGGGUGGACGCGUGGCUGGUGCACGGUGUGGCGGACGGGGACAGGGCCCGGACCCACGGGCCGCUGGGCGCAGCGGCCUCGUCCGCCGCUGGGGUCGGUGCCAGUGUGGACGGCGGCAGCCAGGCAGCGCCCGGGGGCGGCGGGGAGCCUCGGGCGGCGCGCAGCAGUACUUUGGCCGGCGAGGAGGAGAAGGCAGCCACGGACCCCGCAGAGCAGGUGCCCGUCGCCGGCGGAGGCGCGAGCCAGGAGAAUGAGAUAUUAAGAGGGAAGUGUGAAUCUAUGGAGGAGGAUGAAGAAACAGCACCAGCUCAGGAAAAAUCACUGCAGCAGCAGAAUAAUGAAAAUGAAAACACAACAGCAAAUAAAGCUGACCACAAGGUAACAGAGACCACUGAAUCUAGAAAUGAGAGACAUCCAAAUGGGACAAGAGAUACAUCUUUCUAUCUGGAAGACUUAUUUCAGCUUCUUUCAUCACAGCCUGAAUAUUCUCUGGAGGGCAUUUCAUUGGAAGACACAUCAUCUUUUCCAGGUAGUAUCAAUGAGGGCAUGAAUUCUUCAGCACACAAUGUAAACUUUAGCCACGCUGUUAGUCAUGAUGUAAAUCUUCAUGAAGCCAUGCUGCUGUGUCCCAGCAACACAUGUAGAAGAGAUCCACUAGCAAUUACGUUACAACAGGAAUCAUUGCUGCAGUUGAAUUCUCAAGUCCUUCCUGGUACUAAUUCAACAGGACUUCACCCACCUGUUGACAAUCAGAUAAGGAAUCUAACAAGCCAAGAUCUUCUAUAUGGCCUUGAUGCAAACAUAUUUGACGAGAUAAACUUAAUGUCACUGGCUGCAGAACGCAGUUUUGAGCCAGUGGAAGUUCAACUUUUUGAAGAACAAGGUUCUGAUUCUGGACUUAAGUUAAAUUUAAGUCACAGUAACACAUCCAUCACCAAAUGUAAUUCUUCGUAUUCUGCGUGUAAUGAAGGUACUACAGGGUAUACCAGUGACCUUGAAAAUCUUUCCCAACAUAAUUUAGAAGGGGCUGUUGGUGGUUAUUGCCCACAACCCAGUAAACACUGUCACAUGGAUCAUAGGUAUGAACCUAGUUUUCAAAGUGAUCUAUUUCAACAUGUGUGUCACAACCACACUUACCAUUUACAGCCACCUGCACCAGAAGCCACUUCUGGAUCCUUUUCAAGGUCUGGGAAAUCUCAGAAAAUGAACAGAUACUUCAAUGACACAGACAGAAACCUGAGCCGUGAUGAAUGGCGUGCUAAAGCUCUGCAUAUCCCUUUUUCAGUUGAAGAAAUUGUCCGCAUGCCUGUUGAUUCUUUCAACAGCAUGCUAAGUAGGCACUACCUGACAGACUUACAGAUCUCACUGAUGCGUGACAUCAGACGAAGAGGAAAAAACAAGGUUGCUGCUCAGAACUGUCGUAGACGGAAAUUAGACAUGAUUUUGAACUUAGAAGAUGAUGUAUGCAACUUGCAAGCAAGAAAGGAAAUGCUUAAAAGACAGCGAACCCAAUACAACAAAGUUAUUAACAUAAUGAAACAAAAAUUGCAUGCCCUUUACUGUGAUAUUUUUAGUAAGUUAAGAGAUGACCAAGGUAGGCCUGUUAAUCCAAACCAGUUUAUACUACAGUGCAGUCAUGACGGAACUGUUCUGAUCAUGCCAAAAGAAAUGAUAUCUACAGGCCAAAAAAAGGAAACCCAAAAGGUAAAGAGAAAAAAAUAGAAGCUGAAGAUGGAUCAGCUUCUGUGGAAGUCUUCCACCUAUGGAUACAGUAUUCACAACCUUGGUCUUAAACCAAAGUGACUUACUUGGGAACCUUACCCUACUUAUUCAUUUAUCUGAACGUUUAGGAAUCAAAAUUUAUAAUUUUGGGAAAUUGAGCGGGCUUUCUUCCCCCACGAUUCAUGUGUAAUUCAUGAUUAGGGUAGCAGUGCCAUCUCUGGCAGCAUCCUAUGGCUACACCAAAAAGCAAAACACUGGUAAUGUUCUUUUAACAUCUUUUUAUCCACUUAAAAUGCAGUGUUUCACGUCAAAGUUUGAAGUGAAACCGAAUUAUCUGAACUCAAUGAUACACAUAUAUCCCCUUUCACCAAUUAAAACCACCUUGAAGGAUAACCUCACAUCCCAAAUUUUCAUUCCCCACCAAUGUAGAAAGCAAACAGGAAGGAGCCAAGUAACAGUCUUGGAACUAGAAAUACUUCAACUAUUCUGACCAUUUAUUCAUCAGUCAAGUUUUUGAAGUAUUUCCUUAGUAGAAACAGUUUUCCAUAGGAGACCUGAGUUUCCUUAAAAAUGCUUUUAAUCCACAUUUGGAUUUUUUACUGCAUGCUAUAUGAUAAUCUCAAUUUUAGAAUCAAGGUGCACAUUUAUUGAUCACAAUAUGAAAUGCCUUAUGUUGUUAAAAGUCACUACCUUGGGUUACAUAAACAAGUUUUAUCUAUCCUGUUAGUGAAUUUUCCUAGUUAAUACUUUAUUAAACGCAAAUACCACCAUUCUGUCAUUUUGCUGAGUGAUAUCAACUAUUUAGCCCAUGACAGGUUGAUUUUUAUACCUGGUCCCUUUCUUUUAAAAUUGAGUAUCAUAAAAACUAUGCAACAAGCAAUCAAAAUAUUGAUGGUAACUGGUUUUAAAAUGCCUUGCGCAUGGUUACUAAGGAUUAAUCAUAUUUCACAAGUCACUGGAUGAGUCAUACCUGAGCAUCUUGGAUACAACAUAUGAACUCUCAAUCUUCAGGCAGCAAUCAAAUACACAAACCCUGUGUGUGUACUCGCUAGCAUGUCCCUGCUUGGCUAACUAAAAAUUGAAGGAAAGUACAAGCAUUUGCAUCCAUGUCUUCAGUUUACAUAGUACUUCAAAGAGUGCUUUUUUCCCACAGGUACCCAAAUGAAUUGUGAACUUAUCCUCAAUGUAGUGCCCACCUAAAACAAAAAUUGCAAUUCACGAUUCAUGUCACCAAAUGGUAAAAAUAGUUGCGUGAAAUUGUGAUCCAACCCUCAUUUCCUACCAAUAGUUAAAAGUAACACAAGUUUCUCUUUCACUUAUUUUUAGAACCACCAACUCCACACUCAUUCCAGAAUUGGCCAAGUCCAACCCCACCUAAAGCUUAAACACUGAACUAUAGGUAAUGAAAAUAUGCUGUGUACAACCACCACUUGGAUAGGAGUUCCUAAUGUUUGUACUGGACAUGAAAGGCGGAACAUGUGGUUCAACUGUCAUAAGAUUCUUUUCUUGGAAGAGACACAGGCCCAAACCAUGACCUGAUCCACCGAACAAAUUAAGAAUCCUUAGAUAUCUGGGGGAAGUAGAUUUGUUUCAUGUUAUUUGCAAGGGCUUACACCAUAACAAAAGCUGUACUUGCGAAAACACCUUCAAAGUGGUUCCCAAUGUUUGAAUUCUUGAAACAUACCAGAUGAGUAGAGCAUUACCAUAAGAUGAUCAGUGUUAUUUUCAGACUCAUGUAAUUUACCCAGCCAGUUUUUUCAUUUUAGCUUUAUCUACAACCUCAAAGCUAUGAUGCCUCCAAGUGAAUAUGCUAAUGCAGAAACAGUUCCAUAUAUAUAGACAAAGUAUUAGUAAUGUUAAAACUCAAGAAAGGCACUACCCAAACAAGUCCACCUGCUUCCUAGGACAGUGUUACUGCUUCCUGUGACAGCAAAAUACCCCAUGUGUUUACCAUUCAACAUUAACUACCAUCAAGCCUAAGUAUAUGCUAAUUAUUUAAGUGUCAACCAAUCAUAUUUAUCUGGAGUAUUUCCAAGACUUAAAUUUUAAGAA